CUACAACUGUAUAACUAGUGAUUGGCACACACCAUUCGCCAUGAGUCAACCUUCCAUGCGGUAGUUAAAUAUCCGAAUUUCACCAUGUACCCAAGGGUCAUCCUAAAGGAAACACUGUACAAGAAAUCACAGCAAAAGAGAAGAACUUCACCGUGCAAUUACAAAGAGAGGGUUUUUGUGUUAAACACAGAGGAUCUGACGUACUUCGAACAUCGUCUUGGGAAAAAGCCAACUCAAAAAGGCUGCAUCGAACUGUCUCAUAUCAAGUGUGUGGAGAUUGUACGCAGUGAUGUUCCCAUUCCCUGUGAUUACAAGUACCCUUUCCAGAUCGCCCAUGACAGUUACUAUCUGUAUGUGUUUGCUCCAGACAACGACUGCAGGUUAAAAUGGGUCAACGCUCUGAAAGAAGCGACGCAAAAUAACAACUUGUUUCUGAAGUACCAUCCUGACUUCUGGGGAGAAGGGAAAUGGAGGUGUUGUCAUCAGGCAGAGAAGCUGGCGACGGGAUGCAGUGAAUACUAUCCCAAUGGAGCCAAACCUCUUCCCCCAACUCCAGAUCCAACGCGACGAUCUUCAGAUCCAGAGGACAGGAUUGUUGUGGCUUUGAGGAAUUUCAGCCCUGUAGAAAAUACAGACCUGCCUCUACAUAAAGAUGAAGAAUAUUUUAUCGUUGACUGUUCUGAACCGAACUGGUGGACUGUGAGGGACAAAGACGGAAAUGUUGGCUCUGUGCCGUGCGUAUAUAUUGCGGAAAAAAAAACUAACAACAUUGAGAAAUUUGAAUGGUACAAUAAGGACGUAACUCGGACAGAGGCAGAGGAGUUACUCAUGAGAGAGAACAAGGACGGGGGUUACAUAGUCCGUGACUCUAAACAUGCAGGUGUAUACACCGUGUCAAUAUUUUCCAGAGUUUCGGGGUCUGAUGGAGAGAAGUAUCCACUAGUUAAGCACUACCAGAUCAAAGUACAGAAAGAAGGUGAAAAUGUCAUGUAUUUCUUAGCUGAGAAAUACCUGUUCUCGAGCAUUCCGGAGCUCAUCCGCUAUCACCAACACAAUCCGGCAGGUUUAAUAACCAGAUUGAGGCAUUGUGUGUCUAAUGUUCCAAAAUCGUCAAGGAUUAAGGAGUUGUCUUCAGAUAAAUGGGAGAUUCACCCUGAUGAACUGAUAUUAAGGGAGGAACUGGGGAGCGGGCAGUUUGGUUUGGUCUUGAAGGGAAGCUGGCAUGACCGUCAGGUGGCAGUUAAGACUGUCCGUGAGGGUUUCAUGUCAGAGGAAGAAUUUAAAGAGGAAGCACAAGUUAUGAUGAAACUGUCCCACGAGAAGCUGGUCACGUUGUGUGGUGUGGUCACUCAGCGCUCACCCAUCUAUCUGGUAUUUGAAUUCAUGGAGAAUGGCUGCCUAACAGACUUCUUACGUGCCAAAAAAGGCUGUCUUUCCCAGGAGGUCCUGCUAGAGAUGUGUUUGGAUGUAAGUGAGGGGAUGGCCUACCUGGAGAGCUCCAACUUCAUCCACAGAGAUUUGGCUGCAAGAAACUGUUUGGUUUCUGACGAUAAUGUGGUGAAGAUAGCAGAUUUUGGAAUGACAAGGUUUGUCCUAGAUGAUCAAUACACCAGUUCUCAUGGGUCCAAAUUUCCAGUCAGGUGGUCCUCUCCAGAGGUGAUCAAAUUCGGGAAAUACAGCAGCAAAUCAGAUGUGUGGUCAUUUGGUGUGCUCAUGUGGGAGGUGUACAGUGAGGGACGUGUGCCCUAUGAUAACCGUAGUAAUGCAGAGGUAGUGGAGGCCCUAAAUGCAAGACUACGGCUCCUGAGACCCCGUGUCUGUCCACAGAGUGUGUACGAGUUAAUGCAGUGGAGCUGGAAAGAGAAACCUGAGGAUCGACCGUCGUUUGCUCUGCUCCUGCAUGAACUGGCCUGCCUUGAGCAGGAACCUUGAUCCUGAUCACACCUUUCCUUUUGAAUUAAUGUGAAAGUUCACUCAAAAAUUAACAUUUUGUGAUUUGAACCACUUUUGUAUCAUUUCAAACCUGUAUACAGUUUUUUUUUUUGAAGAUAUAAAAAGGUUAAUUUUCAAGAAUCUUUGGUCAAUCAUAUUGACCAGAUAGGCAAAAGGGCACUAUAAAAGAACCAUAUAGAGAUGGUCCAUAUGACUUGUGAGGUAUGUUUGGGGAGUUCUGAAGCAAUAUGAUAUCUUUGUGUGAGAAAAAGA